AACUGGUAUCGGCCCAUCACAGUGGCACCAAGUCCAAGAAAGCCUAGCCAAGCAUCGUCGACAGCCUUCUAAGAAGAGUGCUGGGACACAGGCCGAUGACGUUACCCGGCCAAGCGACUUGCUUACUCUGGUAGACAACCCUACCCCGUAUGCGGAAGCUCUCGACAGUCAUCACCACUGUAACGUUUUCCCCUUCUCUGGAGCACCCGAGUGUCUAGCCGGUCUAUCCCCUGCUAUCAGUGAUCUGCAGUCUGAUGACAGCCCAAUCCUUAGCCAGGCUUAUGACCUGUCCGAACCCAAGGUGGAUACUCCAUCCUCUACUGAGGAGGGCACUACUCAGGCGACGGACUUCGACCUGCCCUAUAGUGAGCUGUACUCUCAAGGGCCUAAGGAUCUGCUCGUCUCGGUCGACAAGGGUCCUAUAGUACUCAAGAAUGGGAAAGUCAUCAUUGCUCGCCGUAUGACCAUGCAGCUGCCCUUCAUUGGUGCUAGUCGUACUCCACCCUUUCGGUUGAAGCAGCUUAUUCGCCGUGACUUGGCCCUGCUCAGUCGAUUGCAGCAAUCAGGUCAUCUCGAUAUUUAUGACGGUCUUCUGGACUCCUUCAAAAAGGCCCGCUAUAUUCGGCCCGUGACGACCAGUGAUGUCGAGGCCGACCUAACUGACUCCUACUACAUGCCUCACUUCCCAGUGUUCACUGCUUCCAAGACCAGUCCGUGCCGUCCG